ACACUUGCCCGACUGAUAUGAAGUUUUCCUUUCUAUGAAUGCUGCACCUUAUUUCCGGUUGUUUGCUACGCGGGGGGCGAUUGCUCUUAUUAAUAUUUUGCUACUUUUUGACAGAAGGGAAGCGAUUCAUAACUCUUUGAUCCAUUUUUCGUAGUUUGAACUUCUCAAGCCUGUUCUCAAGGAAACAAUUUGAUACUCCAAGCAUCGGUUUCCACUCUCCUCCGAUCUUCAUCUCAAUCUCCGACUUCGGUAGCCCCGUCUUACUCUCGCUGCAUUGCCUCCAAUAACGUCACUACCGUCUCCACUGACGUCACUACUGCCUCCACUGACGUCACUAUCGUCACCCGCUGACGUCAUCGCCCUAUGGUAACGGCCGUGGGCCGCAGCUGCCGGCUGCCCAUCCUUCUCCGGCAGCUGUGGAAGCCCUGCUCUCGGCAGCUGCCGCCGCGCCGACAGCUGCUCACCAUGCAGCUGUCGGCUGAGCAGCUGGCGCCGCUGCGCACGCCGGAAGUGACGCAGCUGGCGGAGAUGUUUGGUCGCCAUGGUUACGAGCUGCGACUCGCCGGCGGCGCUGUCAGAGAUAUGCUCUCAGGCAUUGUUCCAGCCGACCUGGACUUUGCCACACCGGCCACCCCGGACCAGAUGAAGGCCCUGUUCGCAGCCGAACAGGUCCGCCUCAUAAACACCAAGGGAGAAAAGCACGGCACGAUUACAGCCCGGGUGAAUGACGCCGUAAAUAUGGAGGUGACCACGCUGAGGAUUGACGUGGCGACGGAUGGAAGACAUGCCGAGGUUCAGUUCACCACCGACUGGCAGCAGGACGCUGGCAGGCGGGACCUCACCGUCAACGCCAUGUUUCUGGACCUGAACGGCACCGUCUACGACUACUUCAACGGCUACGAGGACCUCCAGCACCGGCGCAUUAGGUUCGUCGGCGACCCCUCCACCCGUAUCCAAGAGGACUACCUGCGCAUCCUGCGGUAUUUCCGUUUCUUCGGCCGCCUGUCUGGUUCGGCCGACGGCCACGAGGCGGCAGCACUGUCGGCGGUGCGGGAGAACGCCGCCGGCCUGGCCCGGAUCUCUGGAGAACGGAUCUGGUCAGAACUGAAACGGAUACUGGCUGGACGGUACCACCGUGAGCUAAUGCUCACCAUGCUUGAUCUCGGCGUGGGACCUCACAUCGGUCUGCCGCCCGACCCAGACACGGCAGAGUUUGGGAGGAUAUGUGAGAGGAUGGAGGUGGUACAGGAGCCGCAGCCCAUCACACUGCUGGCGGGUCUGCUCAGAACCCUAGAGGAGAUGAUGGCUCUUCACCAGCGUCUCAAGCUCUCCGCCUUCGAGCGGGACCUGGGCCUGUUCAUCGUCACACAUCGAGAGGAUACUCCGCCGCCGCACCCGCAGCCUCUGAGGCCCUAUCAGCAGCUCCUGGCCGACUACCGCGCCUCCAAGCGGGUCGGGAAGCUGUUCAUAGUUGAGCUGCUGCGCUAUAGAGGACAGCACCAGCUGGCGGCCGAGUUUGACGCCUGGGAGAUGCCGCGGUUUCCUGUGAAUGGGGCGACACUAAAGGAGGCCGGUGUGCCGGUCGGCCGCCACAUGAGCCGCGUGCUGGACCGUCUGCGACAGAUCUGGAUCGACACAGACUUCCAGCCGACGGAGCAACAGCUAAAAAAGCACGUGCCUGCGGUGAUGGAAGAACUGGGACUGACCCCAACGUCAGCGGGGAAGGGAGAGGGGAAGAAGGGUGAGGUGAAUGGGACGGACGGUGGAGGGGGUGGCGAGGUGGCGAGCUGAGUGGGGAGGGGAGGCUUGUGGAAUGUUUUUGAGAGAGAAGACAUGGGAGAAAAGAGGGUGGGAUAUGUGAUAGACCAGACAUGUUGCGAUGUUUUUGGAGGUGUGAUCUUUCAGGGUUAUCGGUGCAUUGGCGGAGUUCGUGCAAAGUUGAGUUUUUAAGCACUCGCAUCUGUUAAUCUGGAGAAUUGAUCCCGCUUCUAGAGGACAAUGAGUUUCUAAGCGAUUAAUUCGUUUCUGAAAUGCAUUCGUCACUUUUCUUCGUUUAUGUUACCUACAUAGCCAAGUGAACGUGUGGAAAGCCCAGUCAAUUCGCCACCCAAAGAUACUGAUAGUUGCUCGUGGACACGCUUGAGUGUUAUGUGAGGCGAAGCACCUUACCCCCCGUUAGUUUUGCGAAGCGUUUCUGAGUCAACAUGCAUCAGUUGCCCAGCGUUCCAGUUACUUUGUGAUAAUAAAUACACAAGCUGAACUUA